AAGUAGAGCUUGGACAUUGGGAGAUGGAAGGAGAACAAGCUCUCGCCAUUUCCUCUCUCUGAGGCCUAGGCCUAAAGGAUUUUUCUUUCUUUGUUUCUCUCUCAGAUUUUCUCGAGAAAGUUUCCUCCUUUUUCUCACUCGCUCGAAACACACUUCUCCACUAGAUCUGUCUGAAAACUGAUCUCCUUCUUCGCUGCAGUUUCUGCGAAACUGGUUUUCUCUCAGGCACUCUUAUCUGGCUAAGGGGAACACAAGAUGGAAGCAUGUGCUGUGGAUCAGACCGGUUAAACCUGAUCCUGUCAUCAAGAUCUUCAACGCUUGAUUUCAUAGGGGAUAACGUUCUUGCUCCCUACACAGACAUGAAUCACUUGACUGUUGAGACGGAAGACACUUUCGCCAGCUUGCUCGAACUGGCGGCCAACAACGAUGUCGAAGGUUUCAGGCUGUCUUUAGUGAGAGACCCUUCGUGCGUAGACGAGGUAGGUCUCUGGUAUGGCAGGCAGAAAGGGUCGAGGAGUAUGGUUAACGACCAAAGGACCCCUUUGAUGGUCGCUGCUACAUAUGGAAGUAUAGAUGUGAUUAAACUGAUAAUCUCUUUCUCUGAUGCUGAUGUGAACCGCACUUGCGGGAACUAUAAGACCACUGCCCUCCAUUCUGCUGCUUCUGGAGGAGCGGUAAAUGCCGGUGAAGUGGUGAAACUGCUUCUUGCAGCUGGUGCUGAUCCUAACUUGCCAGACGCCGAUGGCCGACGAGCUGUUGAUGUUGUUAUGGUUCCUCCAAAGCUCGAGGGUAUGAAACUCAUACUUCAGGAGCUCCUCUCGGCUGAUGGUUCAAUGGCCGCUGACCGGAAUCUACGCGUGGUUACCGGUCUACCUCAUUCUCCUGACGGGUCGCCGCCGGAUUCUCCAUUGAAGUUCAAGUCACCUGAAGCGAAGAGAGAGUACCCUGUUGACCCUUCUCUUCCCGAUAUCAAGAACAGCAUAUACUCCACUGACGAGUUCCGUAUGUAUUCCUUCAAGGUUCGCCCUUGCUCACGGGCAUAUUCCCAUGACUGGACCGAGUGUCCGUUUGUUCAUCCGGGGGAAAACGCGAGGAGAAGGGACCCGAGGAAGUUCCAUUACAGCUGUGUUCCGUGCCCCGAUUUUAGGAAAGGGGCUUGUAGGCGGGGAGACAUGUGCGAAUACGCUCAUGGUGUGUUUGAGUGCUGGCUCCACCCGGCUCAGUACCGGACUCGUCUCUGUAAGGACGGAACCGGCUGUGGCAGACGUGUUUGUUUCUUCGCGCAUACACCAGAGGAACUCCGCCCUUUGUAUGUGUCGACAGGUUCAGCAAUUCCAUCGCCUCGUUCGAGUUCUGAUUUUGCUGCGGCUAUGAGUCUUCUUCCAGGUUCUCCUUCAUCUGUUUCUGUCAUGUCUCCUUCGCCGUUCACUCCUCCUCCGAUGUCCCCGUCUGGAGCCGGCAAUGGUAUGUCUCACUCGAACAUGGCGUGGCCGCAACCUAAUGUCCCAGCCUUGCAUCUCCCUGGAAGCAAUCUCCAGUCGAGCAGGCUAAGGUCUUCUCUCAAUGCCAGAGAUAUCCCGGCAGAAGACUUCAACAUGUUACCAGACUAUGAUCGGCAGCAACUCAUGAACGAGUUUUCCGGGCUGAGUUCCAAUUCUCUCAGUCGUUCUGGUCGGAUGAAGUCCAUGAACCCAUCAAAUCUUGACGAUCUUUUCUCGGCGGAAAGCUCUUCGUCUCCUCGGUUUACCGAUCCAGCAGCAUUGGCAUCUGCGGUUUUUUCCCCGACACAUAAAUCUGCUGUCUUUAAGCAGUUUCAACAGCAAAACAUGCUGUCUCCGAUCAAUACAAACUUCUCGCCUAAGAACAUCGAUCACUCGUUAUUACAGACAUCCUUCGCCGGGGGAAGAAUGUCUCCCCGCAACUCGGUGGAACCAAUCUCGCCCUUGAGCUCUAGGGUUUCGAUGUUGGCCCAGCUCGAGAAGCAGCAGCAGCAACAACACCAGUUCCGGAGUCUCAGUUCCAGGGAACUGAGGACAAACUCAAGCGCCAUUGUCGGAUCACCAGUGAACUCGCCCUGGUCCAAUCUUGGGUCUUCGAACGGGAAACCCGAUUGGACAGUGAGCUCAGAGGAGUUUGGGAAGCUAAGGCGAUCUUCCUCGUUCGAGCUCGGGAAUGGGGACGAGCCUGACUUGUCGUGGGUUCAGUCACUGGUUAAGGAGUCUCCGACCGACAUGAAGGAGAAGGCAUCGUCGUCGUCAGUUCAAGUUCCUGGUCCAGCUGCAGAGAACAAGGACGAUGACGACAUGAACAUGGCGGUUGAGCCGAUGGAUCGGGCUGUGUUGGGAGCUUGGAUUGAGCAGUUGCAGCUCGAUCAGCUCGUGGCUCAGCAGAACUGAGAGGCCGACAUUAACAAAGAUGGUCUCUCUCUCUCUCUCUGGUAGCUAACUUUUUCCGACAGGAAAAUGUUGGUAACGACAUUAACAAAGAAGAAGAAGAGGAAGAAGAAGAAGCUAUAUAUGGUUUUUGAAGGUUCUUUAUUUCUGGCAAUUAAUUUCACAGGGAAAAAAAAGGAUUUAUGGGAAGAAACAUGGAAGGAGAAGAAACCUUCUGGGUUUUUUUUUUCCUUCCGAUUUUUCAUAUUUUUAGGUUUCUUCCAUAAUCAUUGUCUUUAUGAUUAUCAUUGUUACUAUUAUUAAUAUAAUUUCUUAUGGAUAUCCCGGAAAAUCGAAAUUUAUAUAAUCUUUUUCUCCCCA